AUGGCCCACAUGGCUGGCAUACCGAUCGUCGAGAUGCCAGUCCUGGUCGUCGGGUCUUCCAUGGUUGGGAUGACCUUGAGCGCACUACUUGCGAAGCAUGGUGUACGGGACUGCAUCACGAUCGAACGACAUUCGAGCACCGCGAUCCAUCCACGAGCGGCUCUCUUCCAUCCUCGGACCAUGCAGAUAUACCGAGAGCUAGGAAUGUACGAUCAGAUGUACAACGAGUCCUUGAAGCACUACGACGAACAUGCUGGUCUCCACGCUGUCGAGUCGUUGGCUGGGAAGGAGCUUGGAACGUGGAUGGCAGAUAUCAAUCAAUGGAUUGAGAAUAUCAGUCCUACGAGUAGGCUGUUCUUGACCCAGCAGAUGUUUGAGCCGCUGCUGAGGCAGCACGCCAUUGACAACGGAGCACUCUUGCGGCUCAGUACAGAACUGCUUGGUUUCCAGCAGGAUGAGGAAGGUGUCACCGCUCUGAUUCGAGAUCUCGAUACUGGAAGGAAGGAGUUGGUGAGGGCGAAGUUCAUGGUGGCCUGUGAUGGCAGCAAAAGUCCGAUCAGGGAGAAACUUGGCAUCAAGAUGAAAGGGCACGGGCUGCUGAGCCACUCCCUGACCAUUUACUUCAAGGCGGAUCUGGGCGAAUACGUGCAGGGAAAAUACAAUGGCGUGAUAUACGUCAACAACGACGAUACACGAGGUUUCUUCAGACUGGACAAGACUGGCCGUGAAGGCUUUCUUGUGGUGAACACGGCAGGUAAGAAAGGCACCGAGGAGAGCAAGCAUCCGUCGAUUGGCAUCACAAACGAGAAGGCUGGCGAGAUGCUGAGGUCCGCCAUUGGCGCCGAUGUGGACUUCGAGAUCACCCUUCUCUCGCCAUGGAAUGGACUGUGUGAUGUGGCAGAACAUUUCAACAACGGUCGCGUCAUCCUAGCUGGCGAUUCAGCGCACGUGGUGACUCCGAAUGGUGGGUUUGGCGGCAACACUGGCAUUCACGACGCACAUAAUCUGGCCUGGAAGUUGGCACUUGUUCUUCAGGAUAAGGCUGGCGAAGAGCUUGUUACGAGAACGUACCACGAUGAGCGCUACCCUAUUGCCAAGAAGACCGUGGACCAGGUCUUUGAGCGAUAUGUAGUACGUACAGCGCCGGAUCUGCGAAUGGAUGACAUGGAGCUGGAGGAAGAAGUCCCUGAGCCACAUCUUGAACUGGGCUACCGCUACCACUCCCGAGCCUUGACGACGACGAAGCUGAGUUCAGUAACCAGUGAUCCGGCGACUGCUAAAGCGACUCCGGGCAGUCUUGCACAUCAUGUGCUACUCAAAACGAGCGACCAAAAAGCAGCAUUCCCGAUUGCCGACUUGCUUGGCUCUUGCUAUGUUCUGAUCGUCGGCCAUGAGGGAUCAGGUUGGGCUGAUGCUACCGAUGCGCUGCUGAAGUCAGACCGAAGCAUGCCGCGGAUUGUAACAUAUCUGCUCUCGUCAGACAAUAAGGCGUUCUACCACAAGUACGAAAUCAAGCCCGGAGGCUGCGUCCUCAUCAGACCAGAUGGAGUUGUGGCAUGGUCUGAUGCUAAUGCACCAUCGAAAGGCUUGGCUGCGAUGGGACUCCCUGAUGCUGAACCAACGAUCAGGUGUGUUAUGAAGCAGAUCUUAUGCCUCACGCCGGAACGAAACGAGGUACGGACGGCGAGUAUACCUAGUGUGGACAGCGCAGUAGCACUCUCGCAGGACAGUGAGCAGGGCGAUCUUUCCGUGGCACUACACGCUCGUGAAACAGCGCUGAAGCAGGAAAAGGAGGAACUUGAGAAGAGGCUGGCUGAGGUUGAGCAAAGCCUACAGGACGUACGGAAGCUUGGUCAACUGCAGAACGACAUGGCACUGUUGGCUGUACGACUUGGACUCCCUCCAGUAACUCAGCGCGAUCAAAACCUGCCCAGCGACAACAAGUAUCCAGCUCUUUGA